UUUGUUUCUGAUUUACAGCUUUAUGAUAGCGUCAAACCGCACAGAGGCUUUUUUCUGUGUCCAUAGAGGUCCAAGACUUUAUAAAACAGUGAAAACAACGAGACAGGAGCAAAGAGAACCUCCCAGAAACUAGUCCAGAGGCUUACCGGGGAACAGCAACAGGAAUUAGCUACACGUCACUCAGAAGUCGCCCAGCAGUCGUUUCUAAUGAGAUGACAGGAUGUGGCUGCCUUGAACAAUAACACGUUCUGAUACCAGUGCAGGAGAAGCCUGGUGGAUGGUUACAGCAGCUCUGCCAACAGCAUUAGUCACUCCAGCGGCCCGAACUGAUCGGGUUCAGCACAAUAGUCGAUUGUUGUUCAUGGUUCUGAGUCAGAUGUCAAGCCGCCGUGUGAUAGAUUAAUCCAGAAGUGAUUCACCUCUGCUGCUGUCGUCGCUCAGAGGACAGGGAGAUGGUGGCGGUGGAGGUGGAGCGGAUGCUGAGGCUGGCCGAGCAGUGUCUGGAGCGAGCCAGGUCCUUCAUCGGGAGCAGCGCCGACCCGCCGGACCUCCACGUCUCUGCUGCUGCUGCUCCAGCCGGCCGACCAGAACCCCAUCAGACGGCCGCCGCCGCAGACACUGACCGUGCAGCUGAAGCUCCUGCUGAGCAGACGUCCAGCAGCCCGACCAGAACCGGCCACCGCAGGGUCCAGUCGGACGGUGGAGGGGAGCUCUCGCCUUUCCUGCCUCCUGAAGUCUUCCAGAGACUGCAGACAGUAGCAUCACAGGACUCGAGCAGAAAAGAGCUGACGCCCAUCGAGGAAGCAUCACGCCUGAACCAGAAGCUGAAAGCCAACUAUGAAGCUCGAGUGGCGAGGCUCGCUCCUGGUCAGGCCUACCAGAAGACGUCUCUGACCCUGUCCCUCCAACGGCAGAUGAUGGAGAACCUCAUCAUAGCCAAAGCCAGGCAGGAUGCCCUGCAGAGGAAGAUGGAGGAGAGACGGCUGAGGCUGCAGGAGGAGGCCAACAGGAGGUUUGCAGCAUCUGGGGCGAUGACUGCUGAGGAGCAGGAGCAGCGAGUUCUCUACACCAACGUGUUGGAGUACGAGCAGGACCAUGAUUGGCCCAAACAGUGGAAAGCCAGCAUGAAGAAGAAUCCUGACGUCACCUUAGCGUCAGAGUUGGUCUCCUACCUGCUCAGCCGGUCCGACCACCCGCUGGUGAGGCUGCUGAGGAAGCUCCAGUACAGGAUCUACAACCGGCUCUACCCCCUGGUCAGCAAAGGCCUCCCUCACAGUCCCAACCUGCCGCUGAGACCUUCCCGCAGCAUCCACAACCUGCUUCGUCCAGAGACUCAGAGGAAGCCCGUCAGCAGCCUCAGCACCGACUCCUCGCUCUCGCCGUCACGCUCCCAUGAGCUCAGCACCAACUGUGACGACGAGGACGCAGAGGAGCCUCCGACUCAGCCCACGGUGGACCGGGAGAACUCCUUCGAAGACCUGGAGCAGUUCCUGACCCAUUUGGACUGGACGCCGCCCCACACUGACGAUACCGGCUUCGAUCCAGACCUGACCGGUGACCCGUCGGCGCGGGACGAGGGCCACAUCCAGGAGCUGGAGACGAGAGCGCUGAAGGAGCACCUGAAGGCCAUCGUCAAGGACGUCCACAUCGCAGUAGACCAGCUGCUGUCGCUGUGUUUGCUGUCCUUCGAGUGCCUGAACACGGCCAGCUAUAAGGACCUGUGCCUGGCCAGCAUCGAGGAGGCCUUCUUCACGCCGCUGUGGAGCGCCCUCGUGGCUCUUUUCAGGAAGGUCCACAGAGAGAGAGAGCAGGCCUUCGAGACCAGUAUGAAGCUGUACCGCGACGCUUCGCCCGGAGACGUCGGCGUGCCCUCCAAACUGUUCCCCCCGGACCCUGGAGCCCUGCAAGGUUCCUACCCCUAUGAGUCUGCGGUUCAGGAGCUGAGGCUUCUGGUGCAGGACUGCUGUCCACAGAGGAAGCUGGAGUGUAUCGUGCGGACGCUGCGUCUGAUCUGUGCCUGUGCUGAGGAUUACAGGUGUCUCCAUGAGGCCGAUUCUUCUCCCAGAACAGCUGCCAUCGGUGCCGAUGACCUGCUGCCCAUCCUGUCCUUCGUGGCUCUGCGCUGUCAGUGUCCUCAGCUGGUGUCUGAAUGUGCUGCUCUGGAGGAGUUCAUUCACGAAGGCUACUUGAUAGGAGAGGAGGGCUACUGCCUGACCUCCAUGCAGAGCGCUCUGGCCUACGUGGAGUCGCUGCAGAUGGGAGGAGCUCACCUUCCUGCACACAAACCCCUAUGAGAAGGCUGCUGCACGGCGGUCAGCUCCACAGCUGAGGAACCACAGCUCAUCUGCAGCUUCUGCAUGUUGUCUGCUACAGACGUACUUUCUAUGUAACCAAGGACUUCCUUCUGCUCUGUUCCCAGCAGAGGAACUGAGCUAGUGCCUAUGAGACAUUUCUAACAGCAGCGUGGGACCAAGCCGGGCUUGGCUGUGUUCUGUAACGCUGGAGUUGUCCUCAUGUGGCUCCACGCUCCGCCCAGGCUGCUCCGGCCACAUGCCCCCUGUCAGACAGCAGAUCCAAACGUUCCUGUCACCUCUGAUGACCACUGGACGCUGUGGAGGAGCAUGCUCUGGUGUUUCAUCAGCUCCACAGCUCUUGGUGGCACUUCUCAUGUCUGAAAUGCUCUCCAUGAUCCCUGUUUCCUGCCGGGUGACAGCUACAGCAGCAUGUCUGUCAUCACUGGCUGUGAGAAACCAUGAAUGUGUCUUUAGGGAACAUUCAGAAGUGAAGCCAUUGAUUACAGGGAUGCUGACGCCCCAUUCAGACAGGAUUACAGAGGUCCAGGAUGAAAUAUUCUUUGUGGUUUCUGGUUAUUUAUUGUUGUGGACUGGAUCUAAACUACAGGAAUAAACAUCGAGGACACAAAGCAGAUGAACAUCCAUAAAUCUAGUGAGGGAGUGAAGAGAGCUGCAGACCUCACAUCUGAAGUCUUCUUUGGCGUCUCACUAAUCCGCUGACAUUCAACUCUACGUCUAUGGUUGGAUUACAACGAAGAGCCACUAACGGAUGAUUGGGCUUCAUUGGUGCCAUCUGUGACCAGAACCAGGGUAGAACCUGGCCUUCAAGAGAACAGGUAAUCAGCUCUGUUGUCACAUUGGUUCCUAAGAAGGAGGAGACGUUUAACUUCGUCCAGUUGAGCUGAUAGAACACAGGAGGACAGAUGUGCCCACUGCAGUACAAGGCUGUGGUGGGCUUUGUUACCAGACGGCCUGCAGAAUGCUCACACACAGCAGACUGGAUUGAAAUGAGCGACCAGCGCAGGUACUGUUAAAGUCCUGUCCCAUGGGGCUCCACAGAGGGAAGGUCCAGCAGUGAGGGACUGUAGAGCUGUGUCCUUCUUUAUGAGUCAGACCUGUGAUGAAGAAGCACUACUGAGGCUGUACAGCUGGUAUUUAUCUCCUUCAGGCUGUGGUGACAGCGUUUCAUUGUUGCAGGAAGGGAAGCUGAAUUUUAGAUUUUAUUUUUUAAAAAGUCACUUUAUGAAUCGGCGCAGGCAUGUUUUAAAGAUAAAAACCACCAACUGGAUUAGACUGAUGCACUGUGGGUGUUGGGUUCAGGUGGACUCGCUGCCGGCUGCAGACUCUCCGUCAGCCAGCAGCUCGUUCUGCUGGACCGGUCCACUGUGUCAGUCCGGUCCACUGAUUUCAGGGUGUUGCCACGGGGACUGCAGGCGCAUGUGACCGUCGUCUUUUGAUUUUGAAUCCUUGAGUUGUUUUUGUUCUCUUCUCUGCAGUUUUUAGCUUGAACUUCUGUUUUUUUUUAUGCCAACUCUUCUCAUGCCUUUCCUUGUGCAGAACCUCGAUGUUAGAGAUCCAGAUCUUUGGUAUUAAAGGGAUUUUUGAUGCUUUUCUAUGGAGGCUGUUUAGUUUUAUAUAUGCAGAUGUUAGAGUGGAGGUCGGGGUGGGCGGAUGGUCACACCAGUGAUUUGGCUAAAGGCCCGACUUACAGAUCUCUGCAGAACGUUGCACCUGGAGAAGCGACUUGUAGCUCCACCGUGUUGACGGUUCAUUCAGGAUGUUGCUGCUGUCGCUGUAGUUCCUCGUCCACUAAGUCAGAAGGCUCCGGGUCGCUGUUGUUCACCUGCUUCUCCAGCCGAUGGGACCAGUGAGGCGUGGGUCUGACGGAGACCUGGAGGACUCUUAGUGACUUGUCAACAGGCGUCUUUCCACUGCAGGAAGUGGUGUCAAAGUGUUCAGGAGCAGCCCCCGGGUCGAGCCUUUUAGCCGUUCUGUUUCCGUUACAGUGCAGCUGAUCCCACAGCUUCAGCGGCAGCGCUGAGAUUGUGAACCAGUUCUAUGAGCCUGUGGAAAAUGGACCAGUAGAGGUUUCGUACGCUGGCCGAAUUUUCCAUGAGGCUGAUUUCAGCUGCAGGAGCCUGAGUGUCUUUUCAGGGCAUGUCCAACCUCAGAAACUGUCCUGUAGAACCUCGGUCAGGGAAGAAAGGUUCCUCCUCCACAGCGGGUGGGGAGCAGUUCUGGUGGUGUUGCUGUGAAUGUUGAGGUCUGUUGUUGGUUUCAUUCUGCUGCAUGUCUACGAGUCUCUUGUGUCGAAGUCCAGCUUCACUUUCUUGGACAGCAGCUGGCGACGUUAGUCAUCUUAUCACGGAUGGACUUCAUGUUCUCUGCAGCCACGGUGAGCUCAGUACGGCAGCACACGGACAGUUUGGAGAGCAGGAGAUGGACGAAUGUCAGCAGCUGCUGUCUGAGAUGGAUGACGGCUUCGUUAAGAGAGGCCGCUCAGAACACCAGGUGGGUUAGUGCUAGGCUAGGCUAGGUCAGCAGCUCCUCCACCUGGAAAACACAUACCUGCACAUAGCGACCACAAUCUGAGUCGUGCUUUUGAAAACAUUUUAUUUGAAUCAUUUUCACUUUGUCCGUCCGCCCCUACCUGGAAAGGUGUGUUUUCAGCCCAUCACCUGCACAUCAUGGUUACGUCACCAUUUUGUCAUUCCCAUUCGGUCGCCGUUGGUUUCCACUGAUCCCACCACGGUCAACUGGGAACACGCUCUGGUUUCAGUUCCCAGUUGGUGACAGAACCUCGACGUUGAUUUAAAAUGCGGUUCGUCGUCGUUCGACUGAAGGUGGCGGUGAAGCGAUGUUAAUGUCGAGCAGGUUGCUAAGUGCUGGGAUUAAUGGGAACCAGUAGCUCCUGAUUCAGACAUGUGAAACCACAGAACGCCUCGGCGGCGAGUAAAAGGUUUCAAAGACGAACCAGAAGCAGCCUGCGACAGAAGCCUCCACUCAGAUCCAAUGUUUUAUUUGCGUUGCUUGCCUGUUUGGAUUUACUGUUUAAAAUAUAUUUUUUAAUUUUGUAUUGAGUCCAAAAGAUGUGAAAAGAUGUCUUAGAAGCUUUCUGGGUUUGUUGCUACUCGUUGCAUUCUGCGAACCAAAACCAGAUCCAUGCCUGUAUGAUGCCUGUGAUCAGCAGCGAGCUGUGAUGUUCAGCGCCGUGGAUUCGGCCACGACGCUCAUGCACAGGCUGAUUGUUCAUUGUGCUUUGGGGAGCCGGAUGUCACUGGGUUAUUAAACUGAAAUGUGAAUGCCUGAAACUGAUGAAUGUGAGUUUGAGAGACGAGCUAAUAAAGAGAACGGAGAGAUGUUUAACUCGUU